GUUCAAAUUUGUGCUGUUACAUUUAACGCUGCUAGCAUGACCUAAACUGUAGAUUUCUAUCUUUACCAUUUCAUCAUCUUUGGGUCUAGUCAUAGAUGGUUGUUUCAGGGCUUAACGUCGCAAAAAUAAUCUUUAACAACUUGGAAACUCAUUACAGAAACAUAUUCUCUUUCUAUUUGCUCAGAAAUUGUGGUCAGAAGUUCAUCCACUGACUGGAGAUGAAAAGAGCCAGAAGCAGCGAAGCAGAUGAGGAGACUCCCCGGCAGAACGGCUCCUCCGGCCGCAGGAGAGGAGUGCAGCAGCACCGGGGAAACGAAGACGAUGAGGGCCCUGGUCUGGGCGCUGCUAACCUGCAAGACGACGAUAUUGACCCCAGUCUGAGGAGAGAAAUCCGCAGCAAAUACAGAGACCUCAUCAACUCAGUGCAACAGAACAGAGAAGAUAUGCUAAGUCCAUCCAACAACAAACUUACAGAGGUUUUAGAAGAGGCAAACAAACUUUUUCAAGAUGUGCGAGAGGCGAGGGAAGCAGCUCUAGAUGCCCAGCUUCUCGUUGUAGCCACUGACCUCGGAAAGGAGAAAGCCAGUCAGCUUUUUUCAGAGGGCGCUGCUUUUGACCCCACUGCAUUCGCUGAGCAUCUAUUGUCCUUCAUGGGUCUGAACCGACUAGAAGAUGAGGAGGAGGAGCUUCAGAAUGGAGCAGUCGAUGGAUACCUGCCGCAGGACGCCUGGCAUAGAGUGGCCAAGAGAGCAGAGAGCUGCUUCAAAACAGCACCAGCCUUCCACUACAUGAUGGGAUCAUUUCAUGCAGAACCUCCUCCACCAAAGCAAAGAAUUGAGCGGCAAAGGAAAGUACCUGGCAAAGAAGCUAAAAGAAUGAUGCCCACGCAGCUGAAGAAAAUGGAAGAGUCCCAUCAAGAGGCAACAGAGAAAGAGGUGGAAAGGAUCCUGGGAUUCCUAAAGGGUUACCACCAAGACGAUCCAUCAACGCCGAUAUCCUACUACGAAUUUGUCAUCGACCCAAACUCAUUUUCCCGCACAAUAGAAAACAUGUUCCACACAUCGUUUCUAAUCAGGGAUGGUUUGGCACGGAUGUAUCUAGAUGACAAGUUGCCUUGUAUAGCACCGGUGGAAGAAGGGGAGGUGGAGGCUGGAGGAUCAGCCAGUCGUAAACAGUGCAUCACCUCUAUCAGCCUAAAAACAUGGAAGGAGCUCAUAGAUGCCUUUGACAUCAGCGACACACUGAUUCAGCCUCUCAACACACAGAAUGAGUGAUGAGCCUCAGCUUUUUUGUUAACUGAAGCCACCAUUGUUUUUAGGCGUGUUCCUGUUUUUUAAAUUUAUAAAUAAUAAAGACUUAUUUUUUAGAGAUUUUCAGCCUGCAAAUUCCCAAUAAUGGUCAUAUGCACAAACCUGACAGUAAAUUCACUUUAGGAUUUUACAUUUUAUUUACUGUUUUGAUAUAAUGGUAUACUAAAAGAUAAAAUGUUCUGUUUUGUCUUAUUAACAACAUAUAAAAACAGAAACUACUUGUCAUUAUUUACAUCAAAUUUUAUUAUUAAAUUAAUUGAAUAGAAUGGAAUACUUUUUUGCUGAGUUGGUAGAAGGUCUGAGGAUAGAAAUCUGUUAUUUUUUGUCAAAUAAAAACAUUAUGAAAGGC